UUCUCUUUUUAGAACCAAGGAGGACAAAACGGUGACGUUUUUGUCGUUUAAAAAAAAUUGAAAAUGAAGAAAAAAGAUUGAGAGUUGAGACUAUCAGCAUUCAUUGUUACUCUCUCGCCGCCCUCCGCCGCCGCGUCCCCUUCGGUCAGAAGAAUAUCCGGCAGUCUCGUCUCCGCCGUCCGGGAAAAACAAAAAUGAAGAUUGUUUCAAUUGCAAUUAGGUCAUUCAAAGGCAAUUUGCAACAUAGGGUUCAUCACACUCCUUUGCUCAGAAACCUUUCUACUUGGACUUUUCCAGGAAAUGGAGCUGCUAAUCAGCAGGUUAACAAGUCAGAGUCUCCCGAGGAAUUUGAGCAGCGAAUAUUUAGUCCUGUGGGAAAUUCUAAAACAGAUGCCAUUUUAGAUAGGCUGAAUCAGCAAGCAAGGGGUCGAGAUAGAUCUGGUGGAAGUUCCCAGCCAAGGGAUGAUCUUUUUGAUACAUUAUCUGAUGGAAUGGAUGGGAAACUGAAUAAUGCUGCCAAUUACUUUGAAUUUGAUCCUGAAGAAAUCGAUAAAGAUGAUUAUUCUUAUCGAUAUGAUACCACUUUUCACGAGGGAUCAACAUAUAGUACAAAGGAUCUUGAUCUUACAAAACCUGCUGCACGAAAGCCUGCCAUAAGGAGCGAAUUCGUAGUAUCCACUAAAGAAGUUCUUAGUCAAGCAGAUUUCAGGAAUGUAAGAUUCUUGGCAAACUUCAUUACAGAAGCUGGAAUCCUUAUCAAGAGAAGCAAGACUGGCAUCAGCGCGAAGGCUCAAAGAAAGGUUGCCAGGGAGAUUAAAACUGCCAGAGCAUUUGGCUUAAUGCCCUUUACAACAAUGGGUACAAAGUCAUUUAUUUACGGGAGAACUAUGGAGAAUCUUGAUGACGACUUCUCGUACAGGAGUGAAACUAGAAACACGCCUAGUGAAAUUGAUCUUGAAGACCAUGUUUAAGAGAGUGGUGUUGGAUUAGCUUGCAUAAUCUUUUUUUUGUUACUCUACCUAGAUUAAGAGACGGUUGAAAUAAGUAAGUGAUUUUGCUUGUAUACCUUGAUUACUAUGGUGGCAAAUGUAGUUUUUCUAUAAAUUCUAAAGUUUUGAGCAUUAUUUAUUUGAA